GCAGUUUAGUACUUCCAGGAAUCAGAAGUUCUCCACCAUUGCAGCCGCGAGGGAAAAGCCCGAGGAGACCUCGACGGAGUUCGAGUUGACCUAUGGCGGGGAACGAUCAGGACGAGUUCUACCUCCGGUACUACGUGGGUCACAAGGGAAAGUUCGGGCACGAGUUCCUGGAGUUCGAGUUUCGCCCCGACGGAAAGCUUCGUUACGCUAACAAUUCCAACUACAAGAAUGACACUAUGAUCCGCAAAGAGGUCUUCCUUACCCCCGCCGUCCUCCGUGAAUGCCGCCGCAUCAUCUCCGAGAGCGAGAUAAUGAAGGAAGAUGAUAAUAACUGGCCGGAACCGGAUAGGGUAGGGAGACAGGAAUUAGAAAUUGUGAUGGGUAACGAGCACAUCUCUUUCACCACAUCAAAGAUUGGAUCCCUCGUUGACGUCCAGAGUAGCAAGGAUCCUGAGGGUCUGCGCAUCUUCUAUUACCUCGUUCAGGACCUGAAGUGUUUUGUGUUUUCCCUUAUAUCCCUCCACUUCAAGAUCAAGCCAAUUCAAUCUUGAGUCUUCCUUUAUUUGAUAAUCAUACAUACACCACUAAAAUUUAUGAGGUUUGCUGUAGUUUAUCUUGAAGAUGAUGCGCUGGGAUGAGUUUUAGCAAGCUUUAUUUAUAUCUUGUCCAGGAAUGUUUACAGUGACUGCUGCUUCUGGUCAAUAUUUGUUGUUGGAUCUAAACUGUUUUAACUAUGCAAUUAAAGAUAGGUUUAAAAUUUAUUAGAUUUGUUUUCAGUAUAAUAUAAUUUAUGUG